AUGACGAACAACACUCCCGUGAACCUCUGGCUCAUGGACCGCCCGGAUCUAAUCUCCACAUUUACCAAGAUAGAGCUGUGGCGUCAAACGCAAUUCAAGCGUAUUGUAUACAUCGAUUGCGAUGUUGUGGCCGUCCGAGCCCCCGACGAGCUCCUGGAGAUGGACGCCGAUUUCGCGGCCGCGCCGGACGUCGGGUGGCCCGAUUGUUUCAACAGCGGCGUGAUGGUGCUGCGACCCAACCUGCAGGACUAUUUUGCUCUGCGGGCACUGGCCGAGAGAGGGAUUAGCUUUGAUGGGGCCGAUCAGGGCUUGUUGAAUAUGCAUUUCCGGGAUUGGCAUCGGCUCGGUUUCACGUAUAACUGCACACCCAGCGCGAACUACCAGUAUAUUCCGGCCUACCGGCAUUUUCAGAGUACCAUCAGUAUGCACCGAUUCGAAGUGCUGUUCCACAAUAUGUUCGCGGAGAAGAGCAUAUUUCAGCAUACAUACAGCCACACGCGGAGACAACCUUCGUCGUUGCGCAACCAGAUCCUAUAUCUGGAAGGCGGGAAAUUAAUGUACCACUUCCGCCGUUGGAGAUACCGGGCACUUCGCAGCCCCCGUUCUAUCAACAGCCAGCAGAAGCCGUACCUGAAACUGCGAAACCGCCGGUAUCACUUUCGCCAGGACCCGCAACACCAACUUUUGAGCCUCCCAAAGCAGAAUGGGAUGCCUCCAGGUUCGUUGCGCAACGUUGCAGAUGAGAAGUCACAAAUGCUUACACUGCAUAGGGAGCCUCCACCGUUGAACACGAAGCCCGAGGGAAUUGCCUUGAAGCAAAAGACGUAUGAAAUGUCAGAGGACCAUCAGCUUUUCCAACCUCCCUCAACCUACCCAGAGGCCCCGAAAGGCAUGUACUACGAGGUUCCGCGAGAGAAACCGGAGCCCCAGAAAAUCUCUCAAGUAUUUCCAUGGGAAACCCAUGCACCUACACCGACGCGUGUGUUCCCGGGAGAAGAGCAGACCACCCCCACUACGCAAGAAAGGAAACCAUCCGCUUCGUCUAUAGAGACCCCGACUGAAGUAUCCGGGCUAUCCACACGCUCCUGGACGUCUUGGACAACCGAGGAGCCCCCCGUCUCCUGGGACAGCUAUACCCGGUCCAACGCCUGGGACGAAGACCCAGACAUCCAAAAAUACAUCCACACCAUCCAACAAGCCCGCAAAGCCAGAGUCCAAGUCAUAUCAGGCACCCAGUCUACCACCGGCGGCCAACCCGUCGCGACGCAAACAACACCCCUUCCCGGGCCAGAAACCUCACCCCCCAGCAACCGGAUAACCGAUUUCCCCAGCGCAACAGAACGGCCCAGCCUCCCCGUCACCCCAGCACCCAUCCAAAGAGCAGCAGGCGGCGGUGCUCCCCAGGAAAGCGACCAGUGGCACCACCGGUUACCAUCCCCACCGGAGGUUCCAAACCAGGAGGAAUGGAAUCCGUUGGUCCGCCUCGAAGAGCUGCAGCGGCGUCAGUCGGUGAUUUUGGAGCGGCCAGGAUCGCUCCAAGAACGAAUUGAGAGGGCGGGGGUGGUUGGGGGGAGGAGGCGCUUCGAUCCUUAG